UUCUACUCUUGUCUUCUCAAACCUUGAUGGCCUUUUUCUGUUUCUCCUAAUCACUACUACGCAUAGGAUUCUAUUAUUGAAGUGGGAAAGCUCGAGAUGAACUGUUCUCUAACUGAAAAAGGAUUUCUCCUUUAUUUUCUCUGUUCCUGUUAGGUAUUCCAUUGACUAUUAUUAGAUUGUCUCAGACCUUCAAUGGAAGUAGAACAGCGGGGUUGUGAUGAGAUUGGCAAUGGCAGACAGGUCAAUGAUGUUCAGAAAUGGAAGAAGGUUGCCAAUAAAUGGAAGGAUGAAUCAAAGGUGGUGUGGCAGAUAGCAGGGCCAGCAAUCUUAACUGCAGUUUCUCAAUUCUCUUUUGGGUUUGUCACAGCUGCCUUUGUUGGACAAAUUGGGCAUGUUGAACUUGCUGCUGUCUCAGAGGUUCAGAAUGUUGUUGAAGGCUUUGUCUAUGGUAUCAUGUUGGGGAUGGGCAGUGCUCUUGAAACUCUGUGUGGGCAGGCAGUGGGAGCUUCAGAGUUCAACAUGCUGGGGAUUUACUUGCAGAGAUCAUGGAUCAUCACUGGAGUCACAGCCUUGUUGCUAACACCAGUCUAUGUGUUCACUUCACCAAUUCUGAAGCUGCUGAGACAGGACAAACACAUAUCUCAUGUCGCGGGGAAAUACGCGAUUUGGGUGAUUCCUCAGCUGUUUGCAUAUGCAUUCAACUUCCCUAUCCAGAAGUUCCUCCAAGCCCAGGCCAAAGUCUGGGUAAUGGCCAUCAUAUCUGUGGCUGCACUCGCAGUUCACGGGCUGCUAAGUUGGGCGCUCGUGAUGAGGCUCGAUCGUGGCCUGCUUGGAGCUGCAAUUGCUGGGAAUGUAUCUUGGUGGAUUUUGAUCAUUGCUCAGAUUGUUUACAUAGUUUCAGGGUCUUUCGCUGAUUCGUGGACUGGCUUUUCGUGGUUGGCUUUUAAGUCGUUGUUUAACUUUGUGAAGCUGUCACUCGCCUCAGCUGCAAUGCUAUGCUUAGAGCUAUGGUAUUUCACAGCUGUGAUUCUCAUGGUUGGAGGCCUCAACAAUGCUGCAGUUGCAGUGGACUCUGUGUCCAUUUGCGUGAACUUGCAGCUCUGGGCACUCAUGGUUGCUCUUGGCUUCAAUGCAUCAGUCAGUGUAAGGGUUUCAAAUGAACUAGGAGGAGGCAGACCAGAAGCUGCAAAAUUCUCAGUAAUAGUGAAUGUCAUAACAUCUGCAAUUCUAGGAACCAUUUUCACAGCCAUUGUAGCCAGCACAGUAAACCAGUUUCCCAGAAUGUUCACAAAGAAUGAAGAGGUGAUGAAGGAGACCUCCAAGUUAGGCUAUCUCCUAGCAGCAACAAUCUUCUUGAACUCUGUCCAACCGGUCUUCCAUGGGGUGGCUGUUGGCGCGGGGUGGCAGUUCCUAGUAGCAUUGGUUAACCUGGUGAGCUACUAUGUCGUCGGGCUCCCUUUUGGUGCACUGCUCGGUUUCAAGUUCGAUCUCGGUGUUAAGGGCAUCUGGUCUGCAAUGCUGGGCGGGAGCGUGCUGCAAACACUCAUCCUCUACCUCAUCAUUGCUCGGACAAAUUGGCAUAAAGAGGCUCUUCAAGCUGAGGAAAGAGUAAGAUAUUGGGGUGGUCCAGUAGAGAAUCAAGAAUGCUUGGAGCAGUCUGUAGCACAGAGGAAUGGGAAUGAAACCAGAUGAAGUAUAGGGAAAAACAGGAACACAAACAUUUUUUUUUAAAAAAAUAGAAGUUUAGUGACAAACAUGAAUUACUCAGCAACUCUGCCAUAUUCUUAAAAAUGUUGUAAUGUUUUUGCAAAUGAUUGGCUUGCCAAGACUGGGAUAAAAGUACAAAUGGUCCCAGAUUGGUGUUAAGAGCCUAUGAAAUCCAAUUGUUUCCCAUCUGAAAUCUCAGCAUCUUAUCUGUAAUGUC